CCGACUUCGCUGCCUUGCGACGUCCACUACGGCCACCCAAUCGUGCCUGACCAGCUGCGCAAGAUGUCUUCGAAUGCUCCCAUACAAGCAGAUUCGGUGGAAGAGCCCGGUCAAGCGGGCGAGCUGAUCACACGACGACGCACGUCAGAUGCCUCCACGGUCGAGCCCGAGUAUCUCCAAUCUCUCCGCGAAUCUCGCACUGGCGCCAUGACGGUGUCCGACAAACAACAGAUGGCCAUACACGGCUCUCGAGCAGCACUGGAAGCUAGCAAAGUCGCCACUACCGUUGGAUUUCAGAUUGCAAAGUCGUCCACUCGGUUCGGUUUCAACGUCGCUCGCUCGAUCCUCCACUUUGGUGCAGGCUUGACGGGUGCGCUCAUCGAUUCUGGCUUGGGCCUCGAUGCUUCCUCGGAUGGUACCGCCCAAGAUGUAGGAGGCGGUCCCACCGGUCGCUUCCUAAAGACUGCAUUAGGCGCGACGCUCAAUGCUGCCGAAUUUGUUUCCCUGGCCGGUAUAGAGCUCGGCAGCGCCAUCACAUCGACCAGUCUCAAUGUAGCCAACUCGAGCGUCAUGGCACUCGAGGCAACCUACGGCAGCGAAGCGAUCAGAGCGCUGGGCGCGUUCGUCAAGCUUGUCCAGCGUGAAUGGCAUGCCGAAUUGCCCUACGAUCCCCCUGGUGGUCUCAGUCAGUAUAGUGUCUUCGAAGUCGCUCGUGCUGCUACGUGUUGGGCGCUUCUCCAGAGUGUCACAACAGAGCUCUACGGGAAACGCAUACGGCCUGAGAUUGAGGAAGUCGACGUGCGGCACUGGCGCGGAGACGACCGACCGGAAAACCAAGGCGAGGAGAACGCCGAGGUAUUGUUCGAUUUCACCGUGACGGGCGAGGAAGUCAUGGAAGGCGAGCGGGGAGAGAUCAUUGAUGCCGUCAUCUCGCACCCUCGUCCUGGCCUGGCAACGCCCACCCAAGUCCCAAGAAACACGUCUUUUGGCGGCGAGAGUGCCCAAAGCAACGAUGUCUUUCAUUCGUUUGAAAAUUCUGCUCGCACGAGUAGGGCACCUUCACCGCCCGCCGUGCCAAGCGCUUCCAAUGUUAGCGAAACGACUACGCGCGAUCACCUUCGUCGCUACUCCAAGCUAUGCCUAGGCAGCUAUGGCGGUCUGGGUGCGCUGUUUUUGGGCGUACCUCUACCCGAUAAGUAUCGCCAGCGGGCGAAGGAAGCCGAGGCGACUCGCGAGACAAGCGAACAAGCUGCUUCUACUUCGAAUCUCACUCGCGCUCGUCUGGAUGAAAUGUCCAGAAGGUUCGAGGAGCAAGAUAUGGCAAGAGAUGCUCGUAUGAUGAACGAUGAGGCAGAGGGCCGAUACACAGCCAGCACGGCUUCGGACGUGCAGGAUACCGAGACAGUCAGACAGGAGGCAGAAGAUGCUAUGACGUUCAUGAGUCUCUUCAAUGGCACUCAUGACGUCGAGCUACUCUCUCGCCACGGCCAAUUUGAUAAGGCGUAUAUCCACGAGCCUGACGAGGACGGAGACUCUGACUCGCUGGCUGAUAUCGAAAUUGAGGAGCCGGAAGGCCAGACCAUGGAACCUACUAGUACCCUGCAGACAUCAUUCAUACCCUCCGGUCAGGCUCCGGGACACAGACAGCGCAAGAGCACAACACCACGCAGAAAAGGUCGCAGACCGCCACGUUACUUUGUCAUUACCGAUCACCCCACUAAAUCAAUCUGUCUAUCCCUCCGAGGUACACUCACUAUCGAUGAUCUCGCUACCGAUCUCACAUGCGAAGAAGCAUCCUUUACUGCACACACCAGACACUGGGCUUCCUCUGAAUCGUUGGACGGUCCCACAAUUCGCAAUUCCGAGGAUCAGUAUCUCGUGCAUGGCGGCAUGCUCGAAAUUGCGGAAGCAAUCGGAGGUCCUUCAGGCCGUCUUACCCGUGCUGUGCGUCGCGCACUCCAAGCCAACCCGGACUACUCACUCUUCAUCGUUGGCCACUCGCUCGGUGGAGGCAUUGCGACCCUACUUGCGCUGCUUUGGACUGAUCCCGAUACCUGUCUGACUACGCGUGAAGGCGGUCUACCUGAAGGUCGCACGGUCAAGACAUAUGCGUUUGCCACACCAUGUGUCACUUCUGCCGAUCUCGGCAAGAGAUGCAAGAAGCUCGUCCAUUCUAUCGUCUAUUCGUAUGAUCUCGUCCCACGUCUCUCGCUCGGUCACAUCCGUGAUAUCCGUACGGCGGCAGCAUGGCUCAUCUACGCCGGAAGAGAGAAUGCUCAAGAAGGUCCCUCGUCCAUCAUCAGUCGUGUUCUGGCAUAUCGUAACGGCCGACUUGACGAUUCGCUCGAGAUCAAGAUGGAUGAAGAGACUUGGUUUGUCUCGCUUCGGUCGACACUCGAGGCCAAUAUGCGCUCGGCUGUCCUCUUCCCUCCAGGCGAAGUGUAUUGGCUCGUCAAGGGCAGCGAUCUAGAUCUGCCUGGCGAAAAAGAUAAGGUCCAGCCUGCGCACCGUCUCUUUAAGAUCACGGGCAAGCAAGAAGUUGUAUUCAGUCAGAUCGAGCACAGAAGCAAUAUGUUGUCAGCUCAUCUGCCUCAGCAAUAUUCGACGGGCAUCGAUGCCUUCAUCUAAUUACUGCAAUUAUGACCUGCCUACAGUGUUCGAGCGUGAGGCGCGCCAUACAUAAAAGUCUUCGCAUCAAUCGAUGUCAACGUCUAUGGCGAACCGAUCACACGCUGGGAUCCUUGAUGGGAUCCCAGUCUGUGACGAGAUAGCAAUCAAGCGCGGUGAGCUGUUCGACCUCGUCGUUCGACAGCUCGAAAUCGAAUAUCUGAGCAUUAGCGAUUAUUCGCGCUUGUGAGACGCUCUUCGGUAUGACGACAUGACCGCGCUGAAGACCCCAUCUGAGCAUGAC